AUGAAUGACACUCAAUCAUCGAUCAACAACAUUGUUGGCGAGAUCAGAGGCAUCAGCACUCUGUUCAACCUCCCAACAAACAAUGCUGACGUGGAUGCGGAUGUGGAAGCGGAUGGUGAAGGAGAUGACUUCAUGAAGGAUGGGCAAGCCGAUGACACCUAUAACGACGACGAUGACAAGGAGAGUGUACCAGUCAACAUUGAUCAUAUCCAAUCAUGUAAAUCUGUGGAGGAGUACAUCAACUCGGCUUGCAGUCUAGCUGCGGCACGUGGCAGACCUAAGGACAAGGUCGACGACUAUCAACUGCUGUCAUUGGUCAAUCAAACAGUUCAAAGGAGUGAGUUGGGAUACGAUGUCACUCAGCCAGUCCAGGCCAUGUUCUACGAUGAUCGUCUUGUGUCCGCCAAGAAGCAGCUUCAAUCGUCGUAUUCACUCGUCGAUCCCAUGAAGGGUAUCAACGGAAAGGAGAUUGUGUUCUGCGUUGGGCAUACGACGGGCCUGUUCUACCUGCCUUGGUCAGACAAGACCCAAGAAGUGGAGGGAGGCAACCAGCUGUGCAAGGUAUAUACUGUGCCCGUCUUUGCCAAAGGCCACUUAUAUCUCUUUGGCACAUACUAUGGCUAUGGAGGUGUUGCACGUCAUAACAAAUCUUUUGCCCGCUACUCCUUUGAGACUCAACAAUGGACCAAUCAUAUCAUUAGCAACAGGAUCGACAUUAUUGGUGACUCCAAUCUCACCGCUUGCUUCGAUGGCUACACCUACAUCUACCUGGUUGGCAAGGGUGCCCAACAGUAUAGCGAUGGAAGUGUUGUGCGUCUCAACGUCCAAACACUCGAGUUCGCUCUUGUUGGCAAUCCGAACUUUGGCCAGCUUUUCCCAAGGGCAUUGUACUUCUUCAAUAAUCAUAUCUAUGGCACCAACCAUCAAAACAUCCAGGUUCAGGCAAUCAGUUGCUACAACGGCCAUGUGAGCACCGUGUUCAAUGAUGUAGGACAUCAACCAAAGUCCUCAUCAUAUGACGACAAUGGCAAGAUAUACUUCUACACCGACCUGUCUCUGAUUGAGGUCAGCCUGGCAACUAUGACCAAACAGACCUAUCUACGUGACAACCCACCAGUGUUGGACAAGAUGUUAUACUUCAACAAUCCCAACUAUGUACUACUAAAUGGACAAUGGAUCCAAUGCAAAGAAGAUGUUCGUUUAGGAUCAUGUGUGUUCCGUCACGAUUGA